ACAUGCGAGAGCUCCCUCAAAAUGGCAGCCAAAACAAAGUGAAUGUAAAAUGUUAGGAAUCAUAGCUCAGAAUUUCUUUCAACAAGCUUAUCGAUGGCCACAGAAAUAAAUAAAUAAUUUCAGCCAUCCUGUCUAGAAGAAGUAGAAGGUAGCCUUAAAUUUUAACUAAUAGAUUAUUUAACGACUGUAUCACCAUAUUUUCUGUAGCCGUAGCCUCUACCUCUGAGUCAGAGUUAACAAUAACAUUGAUGAUUGAAUCAUUAACAUUGUUUUGUAAAUUAACUUAAGGCUAAUUUGGAGAGAUGUCGCCAUGACGUCACUUGCGUCUUUAUUAUAACGAAGUGGCUAUUCGUACUCGGGUACCAGAAGUGAGAGGUUGGGAUUAAAAAACUGUUAAAAAUUUUAUUGUUGGGUUUGUAAGACAAAAGUGAGGUAUCAAAUGAAAGAUAAUUGAACGGACUAUAUGUUUGUAAAUAUAAUUCUUCAGUUUAACUAAAAUAAACAACCACAAAUAACAUCCGAAUAGCUUGAGUCUAAUGGUACCCUGGUGCGAAUGGUGGCGCUGCGUGUCCUGGUCCAUUUUGACUCAUGUCAAAAUGUGAGCGACAUCUCUCCAAAUUUACCGAAAUUUCCAUUUGUUCGGACAGAUAUGCAUUACAGUACAGUUUAUCCAUUUUAAAAAAUAAAAUAGUGGUACUAAAGUGAAUAAUUUUUGCCCUGGAAAUCAAUAGUCAAGCCCAAAAUGGUUCACUAGACUAGACAUCAAAAAUGGAAAGUGUGCUAUUUUUAAUUUUUUUAAUAAUCUUGCCGGAAGUGGUUCUUGAGCACUUUCAAUUUUAAUGAUAUUAUAUAGAAAAAACUUAUAAUAGCUUUGCCAUCUUUACAAAUCUUCAUAAAAGUUGGCAUUAUUAUCAUUACGGAAUGAAUAAGCUUAAAAUUAUGUACAGGUAUAAAAUAUAUGUGUCAAUUAAAAUUAUUUCAAUUAAAAUUGGAAAAGGUUAUGAAAUUUUUUGGCUUUGACCUUUUAUUAAAAUUAAAAGAUUUACUUUGUGUUUAUUAAUGAUUACAACUAUAAAAAGAAAUUAUACCAUUUAUAAAAUCAGAAAUUAAAUACUGUGUACCAAAAUAUAGGCUUUUAAAUUUGAAAAUUAAUUAUAGCCCACUAUUUAAAAAAAAGUUAUUAACUGCCUAUAUUUUAUAUAUAGGCCUAAUACUAAACCUUUAAGUACUUACUUACAGCCCUAUUUCAAAUUUAAGUUAGUAAAGUAUUUUAAUUUCAAUAAGGUAUUUAAUUUUAAAGGAAUGGUACUCCUCAGAAGGCGGUCCCAAAUUAAAUAUAGAAUUCUAAUCAUCAGAAAGUGUCAGGCUACCAGCCUAAUAGCCAUCGAUAAUUGAUGAUGUAUUUGUUAAAGUCUAAUGCUCUACUUAAAUUUAUUCUUUGUGCGAUCUUCAACAGCCUCUUCAUCAUCAUCAUGUCCUGAAAAAAAAAUUUUUUUUUAAAAGAAGAAAAUUAUUCAACUCUAGGAUAUAUUUAAACAUGUGUAUGUUAAUCAGCUAUAAGUGCUCAGAUGUAUUUAAACAACCCUUGGAUGUAUGUUGAGGUAAUUAAAUUGUCAUUAUUCAUUAGCAUAUUCAGUCAUUCAUCAACACAACUGAUGUUUAAUUUCCUGUUUAUGAAAUGAAUGCAAUAUUUUAAAAUGUUUGAGCUCAAUUAUUUAUUUAUUUUAACCCUCACUAAUGACUCUCAUUUGAAAAGUGCACCAAGGUGCCACCAGCAUUGUCCAGGAAUGAACAGCCGGGGCAAGAAGGUGGACCUGACUAUGUGUGACACAAGCACUUCUCCAAACAGUGAAGCAUCACUUGUGGGUGAGGACCUCUUCCAAGAUGAAGCCCGGGCUUCCAGUCUGCUGGCAGGUAAUAACUUUUACUACCCUUUAAAUGAAAUCAAUAGGGCGAUAGCUAUGAUCAUUUACUAAUGAAAUCAUAUUUACAACAAACCAUUACAAUAGGUAUGGAAUUAGGGGAAGGGGAUUUUUUGUUUUUUAAAUUGUGAUUAGCAAGGUAUGGUACAGUAUUUUUUAUUUAUACUUUGAAUGUACUAAUGUAUUCUAUCAAAUUUUUUAUUUUUGUGGAAGAUAAUUCCUUUUUCCUUUAAAUCAUUUCACUCAUAGCCCUCCAUUUUAGUUUUGUUGUUUGACCAAUCAGUUUACAAAAUCACUUAUUCCACUUAUACAGGAUUCUCUCAGCUGUACAUGAACAAACAGUUUGUGGAUGUUUCCCUGCGUGCGGAGAUGACAGAGUUCCCAUGUCACAAAAAUGUGCUGGCCGCCUCAAGUCCUUACUUUCUUGUCAUGUUUUCUACCAGUCUUGCGGAGGGCCAACAAGACUGUAUAACUCUUCAGGACAUGGAGGCUAAAACACUUCAACUUAUCUUGGAAUACAUUUACAAUGGACAGGUAAUUGCUACUACAAAUUACAAUUGACAUGUAAUCCUCUACCCCGUACGCAAUCAGCAAGGUGAGUCCUAAAAAACUAGUUACUAUGAACAGAUAAAUUUCAGUACUAGUUUUAAUAGUUAGUACAUUUUUAACCACACUUAACAACUGAAGGUUCCUUGAACCUAAUUAUUAAAGGAUUCGACUGCGAUAAAGGUUUUAAGUAGAAUAAUGAGACAUAAACUAUUUGUGUAAGUAAAACAAUAUAUGUUAAGCUUUAAUUAUGAUCAGACAAAAUACUAGUUCAAACAUUAUAACAAAGGCCUUCAAUCAGUACAGCAAAAAACUUUAUUAUUAUUUUAAAUUAAAUCUAUAUAAUUUGUAUAUCAUACCUAUACCUUAAAAUGAUAGAAAAGAAUAGGAAUGAGCACAUGUCCCUGCCGAAAACAAAGAUCAGUAGAUCUGAUUUUUGUUACCAAUAUAACUGGGUUAAAACCUUUCUUGUAUGAAUUCUGCAGGUGAGUCUGACGGAAGACACUGUCCAGAAUCUUCUGUCUGCAGCUAAUCUCUUCCAGCUUAUUCCUCUACGUGACGGCUGUGCUGAGUUUAUGAUGAAUCAUGUGACAGUCGCCAACUGCAUUGGGGUGUUCUUCUUUGCUAAAGCUCAUCAGUGCAAUGUUCUAGCUCUUAAAGCCAAAGAAAUCAUCAACAACAAGGUUUGUGCUUACAUUUUUGUUAGAGAAGAAAUCAUCAACAACAAGGUUUGUUCUUACAGUGGUCAGUGCAGAAAUCAUCAACAAAAUGGUUUAUGCUUACAUUCUUGCCAGUGAAGAAAUCAACAACAAGGUUUGUUCUUACAUUCUUGCCGGUGAAGAAAUCAUCAACAACAAGGUUUGUGCUUACAUUCUUGCCGGUGAAGAAAUCAUCAACAACAAGGUUUGUUCUUACAUUCUUGCCGGUGAAGAAAUCAUCAACAACAAGGUUUGUGCUUACAUUCUUGCCGGUGACUAUUUUUUUAUUAGAUGAACAACUGUUUAAAAAACAAGAAUCACCCAAAGAGCAAAUCUGACCGAUUUUGUUUCAAGACAAAUAAGUUCACAAUAAUACAGGAAUAUUUGUUUAAAAUGAGUACAGGACUCUUAUUGAAUAUGUUCAUUCAAAAUAUUAGUGGGUAGGUGUUUCUCGUCAAAGACUUGGUAUCCCCUGAAAUAUGUUGGUUUUUAGAACUUAGAAUUGAAAUCGCAUUUGUUAACAUUUUCAAAGCGUGAAAUUUUAACAAUAUAAAUCACAAUAUCACCACAUACCUGAGUGUCUUUAUUUUGUUGUUGGCUGAUAUUUUUCAAAUAUUAAAAGGCCUCCAUCAGAUCCGAUGGUCACUAAUUAGUCUCCUGUCCACUAUUGAAAAGUCUGACAAUUCAUUAUGAUAAAGCGCCCCAGCCAAACAUGCCUAACAUUUUACUUAAUGUUGGUGACCAUUCACCUGUGUUUAUAAACUGAUUAUUAAUUAAUAAAUAAUUAAUUUUUUUAAAUUUUGAGUUAAAAAAAUGUCAGUCCAAAGUUAUAAAAACAACUGUUAAAUGUUUAGAAACAACAUUCCAAGCCUGGAAAAUGCACACAAAAUAAAGUCUAUUUUAACCAUUCACAUUUACUGCACUAAUCAACUGGGAAUUUCAUCAUGCUACACGCAUCUUCUGCUUGUUAUUAUAGAUAAUUGAAGUCUCAAAAACUCUUUUAAACUAAACAUGAUUACAUUUUUUAUUUCAUCAUUCAAACCUUAUUUUAUUUUGAUCAUUCAAACAGUUUCCCCUACUGUGCAAGCAACAAGAAUUUCUGUGUCUUCCUGUCGACAAACUCAUCGAGAUUGUCAGCGAUGAUGAUCUGAACGUGACCAUGGAAGAAACGGUGUAUGAGGCUUGCAUGGCUUGGGUCAAUGAAGACCCGGACACAAGGAAACUAAGUCUUGUAGAGGUAUAUCAUGUCUGGGAUUGUAGAUUUGAAAUUCUGAUAAUAAUCCACUUUGAAAAUGAUAAUUGAUUAAAUGAUUUUUAUUUUACAGGCUGAUUUUAAAAUGUUUCGUUUAUAUCAUUGUAAUAGUGAUGGUAAUAAAAGUCCCAUUAUUUAAAAAAAAAAUUGUCAUGAAUGUAUUUUUUAAAAAUCAAUAAAGAGUGUAAAUUAGGUUAUAGUUAGUUAUUCCCAUUCUCAUAUAAAGGACCAUUUCCCCAAAAAUAUGAACUUUCAACUUUUAAUUCGAUUCGCUGCUUUCAGCCAAUUAAAACUGACAAUUAGUCUAAGGUUUGUUUUACAGAAAGUGCAUCCUCCCUUCUGAUUUCUCUCACCUGCUCUCUCCCUUCUGUUUUCUCUUCCCUGCUUUCUCCCUUCUGAUUUCUCUCACCUACAUUCUCCCUUCUGUUUCUCUUGCCUGCAUUCUACCUUUUGUUUCUCUCAUCUGCAUUCUUCGUUCUGUUUUCUUUCACCUGCAUCCUCUCUUCUUUUUCAUCAGCUGGAUUUUCUUACCUUGAUUAUCUCACCUGCUUUCUCCAAUAUUUUUCACAUCUAUUCAGGUCAUGAACUGUGUGCGUUUUGCCAACAUCAGCUCAUAUUACUAUUGUGAUAAAAUUGACACCAAUCCGCUGUUACGUGAAAAUGAGGAACUCAAAACUUUGCUGGAUACCAUACGCUGCUAUCAUAUGUUAAAGGUGAGUAUUUAAAAAUUAUAUUAAAUAUUAGGUAUGUAGCCUUUAUUUAUCUAAUAUUUAAAAUUAAGAAUUAACUAUGCAAGCCCUUAUUGACUGAAAGAUAUUCCCCCACUUUCCAAUAAAUAUUUAACUGUAACUUCGUAUCGCAGAAUCGGCAGCAGGAAAUGGAUGUUAAGAUGAUGCCUCGUCGUGGUAUGGUCUACGAGCGUGGGGUCAUGAUAAUUGCCAACCCAUACACAGAGGAUGUCUUGAAAAAGUACAACAGCAUGGAGAUGUUGUUACCCAAGACAGGGGAGGUUAUCCAUAUUUGUAAACUGCCGCAAAGCCUCUAUACACCAGGUGCUCUUGGACUUACCUCCCCAAAAAGGAAAUAUUUAUUUUAAAAAAAAAUCAGCUGGCUCUUUAAAUAGAAAAAAAAAUUAAAGUUGAAGAAUUUAGUUGGGGAUCUUAUUUAUUGUUUUUUAAGUCACUUCUAAAUCUUGUUGAUGGUCAAUAAUAAAUCUUUGGUAUGUGGAUAAAUGACUAUUAGUGAAGCUUUAUGAAACAAAAAGAAAAAAUGAAUUGUUAACAUAUUAGAACAUUCCUUUUUUUUUAAUCCUUACUUAAUCAACAAUUGUCAUAAUGGCUGAUAGUGGUCAUUAUGGCUGCUUCUGUGGUGUUAUGGCAGAUAUAAUUGGCUUCUACUAAAAUUAAUAUAAAAUAUAAUGAGAUCCUUAUUGAUCAAAAUAAAUGGAUUCUUUUUUUUUUUUUACAUUGUACAUAUUCAUUUUCAGCACAUAAAUAAGUGCAUUAUUUUAUCAAGACAUUUUACAAUUAAAACAAUUUGAACACAAGAAAUCCAAAGUAUUUCAAUGAACUCCUUUAGGUACUAAAAUGACUUAAUUCGUUAUCAUUUAAAUAUUUCUUGUGUUCAUUUUUUUUUUUAAAUUUUCAACCUAGCUGGAAAUUUUUAGAUGUUUGUUGUUAAAACUAGCUUGUAGAAUUUAUUUGAAUUAUUUCUUUAUGAAAGUGAUGUUGAAGAUAGUUUUGUUGGCACUACUCAUGGGAGUGAAUUACAACAGUGGGGCUAGCAAUACUAGCAGUUUAAGUUCUAAUAGUGAAAGUAGUGACAGUAGGGGACUUCUGAAUUUAAUUAAUUUAAUAGGAUUAUGUUAACAGAUGUAGGUCACCAAAGAAUUUUUUUAAAAACAUUUCUAUAAAACAAAAUAACUUUAUGUUUUCUAAAAAGAAAAAUAAUGUCAUGGGUCUGCAAAAAAUUCUUUAGAUGAAAGAAAUAUCAGACUUUCAGUGAGGUUGUGAGUUGAAGAAAGAUAAACAGUUGCACUCACUGUUGACAGGUCAAGGUCAUAUUCAUUUCACCUAGAUCACAAAAAUAAACUUGGUGAACGCUCCUUCUACUUCCAUUGUUCCAUGCGCCCACGUUCUGGAACCAGCUCCCCUUCCACAUCCGUCAUUGUGAAACCUCGUCCACUUUCAAAAAGUCCCUUAAAACCCAUCUGUUUAGGUCUGGGUAAUGACCUGUGAUGCACCCUCCUUGCCCUGCCUCAUUUUCUGUCUCGGGUUGAUCCUAUAGUAUAGGCCAAAACGUGCCAAAGUGUACUCGUUUUUAUAGCCAUUAUAAUGUUUAAGCUACUGUUUCUAUAGUCACUUUUCACAUUGCAGUUACUAUUCUAGUGUCUCUGGUUUUUCAUUUUUAUUUUACUUUAGCAUAAAUAGCAUUCAUAUUUUUAAUAAUUGUAAAGCGCCGUAAGGUAAGCGCUAUUUAAAAAUGCAUAGAUAAAUAAAUAAAUAAAUUUAAACAUUCAUUCUACAUGAUUCCUUGUCCACUUUAAUAUCAAAAUAGCUAUACUCAUUUGGAACUCUGGAUUCAUUUUAUUUUAUUUUUAUGAUACAUAUCAAAGUUACCAAAAAAGAGUUGACACCACAUGAUGUCGCAUUUGACAGUUUGUGGGUUAAUAUUAAAAUAUUUAAGCGUUCACAACUUUAAUUUUCACUAAAUAAUUUCAUUGAGCAGGUGUCGCUUCAACUGGCGACAACCAGAUCUAUCUGGCUGGGGGUGCGAUAAGGAAGAUAAACUACAGAGGGUCAAUUACAACAGAGGGCGUGUCCAACCAUGUCUACGUGUUUGAUCAAAGUGAGGCAACGUGGCAGCCCAAGGCCAAGAUGCACAUGUCACGGUCACAGUUCUGCUUAAUUAUAGUGGAUGGGUGAGCACUCUUCUUUGAUUUUGUUUUACUGAGUUAUAUAAGUUAUAUCGAUUAUUUAUCCUUGUUGAUACCUUGGAUUAUGUUUUCACUUGUUGAUAAUGUGGCUUGAUAAUGCUAGUUGAUUAUAUAGGUUUAAUUUGCUUGUAGAUUAUAUGGGAUAUGUUUGCUUGUUUAUUAUAUGGAUUGAUAAUGCUAGGUGAUAACAUUUUAAAGGUUCAAUUAAAAAGUUUUUUUUUUUUUUUUAUUUAGUAAAGGCCAAAUAUUGGGGGAAAAAUUUGGGGACCCUCUCAAGAUGUACUAUCAGCCACCUUACUUAAGGUUAAUAGGAUAUGUUUGCUUGUUUAUUAUAUGGAUUGAUAAUGCUAGGUGAUAACAUUUUAAAGGUUCAAUUAAAAAGUUUUUUUUUUUUUUUUUUUUUUUUAGUAAAGGCCAAAUAUUGGGGGAAAAAUUUGGGGACCCUCUCAAGAUGUACUAUCAGCCACAUUACUUAAGCUUAAUACGGUACACUACACUAUGCUACACUUUCUGUUUCAGAUCACAUAAAUAUGUUGUUUUUUUGUCAUAUUUAUUUGUCUAAUACAGGUUUGUUUAUGCUGUUGGGGGACAGGAUGGUAGUGAGAUCCUGAUGACAAUGGAACGCUACGACCCUCACACCAACACAUGGACGAUGGUCCACUCUCUGCCUCGUCCACUACGUUUUAUGACGGGGGUCAGCUACCGAGGCAAGUUGUAUAUUUUUGGUGGUGAGACCAAAACUGAUGUGACUAAUGGUGCUUUAAGGUAUGUCAUGGUGAAACUUGGCUGGUUUGUGAGGCACUGUUUACAUAACUUGGCUGGUUUGUGAGGCACUGUUUACAUAACUUGACUGGUUUGUGAGGCACUGUUUACAUAACUUGACUGGUUUGUGAGGCACUGUUUACAUAACUUGGCUGAUUUGUGAGGCCCUAUGUUAGUACCACCUGAACUAUGUUUCAUAUCUGAACAUUUGUUUCCCUAGAUAUAAUCCACAAGAAGAUUCCUGGACAGAACUUCCACCAAUGAAAACUCCUCGUGUUUUAGCUGGGAGUGUUGUCUUCAAAGAUAAAAUCUACAUCAUAGGUGAAUCAGUCUAACAUAUGAUUUAUUAACUUAUAGGGCGUAAUCCUAACAUAUGAUUUAUAAACUUGUAGGGGUAAUCCUAACAUAUGAUUUAUAAACUUGUAGGGGCAAUCCUAACAUAUGAUUUAUAAACUUGUGUGUGUAAUCCUAACAUAUGAUUUAUAAACUUGUAGAGGUAAUCCUAACUGUUUACUAAACAUUAAUUAUAAAAUUUUAGAGGUUAAUACUCACAUAUGAUUCAUACAUUUUUAGGUGGUAAUGCAGCCCUUAGUGAAAAAUGGAAAAAAGAAUACCUUCCAGAACAUUGUGUUUCAUCUGUGGAAAUAUUUGACCCUGCAACAUUAACAUGGUCUGAAGGGCCCCCUCUGGCUAAUGCAUUGUGUGGCGCAGGUAAGAAUGGGCACCCUCUGGCUAAUGCAUUGUGUGGUGCAGGUAAGAAUGAGCCCCCUCUGGCUAAUGCAUUGUGUGGUGCAGGUAAGAAUGGGCCCCCUCUGGCUAAUGCAUUGUUUGGCGCAGGUAAGAAUGAGCCCCCUCUGGCUAAUGCAUUGUGUGGUGCAGGUAAGAAUGAGCCCCCUCUGGCUAAUGCAUUGUGUGGUGCAGGUAAGAAUGAGCCCCCUUUUGUAAAAUUACCUUGUUUGGUGCAAAUAGGAUUGGGCCACCUCUCAUCAAAUAAUCUGUUUUGUGCUCGUUGGAUUUAGCCAGCUGUGGUCAAAUAAUCUUUCUUUUUUUUUCCUAUACUGAGGACCCACAAUCAAUGUAUUGAUCAUUCUGGCUCCUGGUUUGAAUUCAGAGUUUUUGCCUUGUCUUAGAUAAGUUGCCUUUCAAGAUUAACGAGUCCCAUCCACCCGGUGGCUUGGGAUGUUUUUGCUUUUCUUGGCUUUAGUGGGGAUUGAACUUCAGACCACCAGCUAUUUGGAUUGAGUCAGUUUAGACCGCUCAGCCACCUAGCUGUGCAAGUAGGAUUAGGCCACAUCUAGACAAAUAAUCUGAUAUGAGGCUUAUUUAAGAUAAGGCUCCUUCGCCAAUGGCUAGGGCUGUGCUUGAGAUGGGAUAUAGAAAGCCGCCAAAUAUUUUGUGUGGUGCACAUAAUGUGACAACCCCCACCCCCCCGGUGAAUUAUCUUUUGAUAUGCAUCUUGUUUGCUGUUGGUGCAUUAGCGCUAUCAAGGUCUGACAGAUUUUGGGCUAUUGGUUACUUGUGUGCCUUCAAACUAAUGGAGUUAUCAGAGCAGUUCGUUAAAAUCUAAAUCUUGUGUGAAUAAUUAAAAAUUAUUUUACAAAAUUAACCAUGUAUUUAUUGUUAUCAUAAUUUUAAUGGCUUAUUAAUUAGUAGGACUUCACUUAUUGGAUAGUCAAAAGUAUAUUGAUACAAUUAUUUUCAAAUAUCAAAUAUUGUGAUACAAUUAUUUUAAAUGUGGCAAUGUGCCACAUAAAUAUCAAAUUGUAAUACUUCUUUUAUUUAUGCUUAGCCUUUUUUCCUUAUUUUAGCUGUUGUCAAGUAUGGGGACACUAUCCUUGUCGUUGGAGGUGAAGAUGAUCGCAGUUGGAUGGCCGGAAUUUGCUGGCUGAAACAGGAUGGACAGAAGGAGACCUGGGUAUGGUCAGAGGGCCAGGAACUUCCCACAGUGAUGUCAACAUUUGGCUGUGUCGUGGCCAACAUCCCUCAUGAAGUUUUAAAGCAGCAGUGAUAGUCAACAUGGCCAAGAAAAUUGUCCACACUAGUUGAAAAUGUCCAGUGAUUCUCAGCAAAGGCCAAUGUAGGCUAACUUACUGAGAUUGAAUCUCACUUCUUCUUCUUCUUGUGGUCCAAUCCCUACUAAACAAUGUUCUCGCUUAUAUUGGUUGUGAUUUUUCUUAAAAAAUGGCAGAUUUAUAUUGAGUCUUUAUGUGAGAGUUAUUCUAAUUGAGAGUUAUCAGGUCUUUAUGAGCGAUUUAUUGUGACUGUAUGUGAGAGUUUUUAAGAAUGUAUGUGCGAGUUAUUAUAUUUGAAUGAGAGAGCUAUUGUGAUUAAAUUAAAGGCUGUAAAAUCUAUUGCGGCUGAUCAAAUAUUUUUGCAUAAGACCAAUGCAUAUAUUUUUGACAAAGAAAAGAAUAUUUAUAUAGUUUUUGUCCAACCUACAUAGAGCACAUGUUUCUAUGCCUAACACAUAUUGUGAAUGUUUCAUUUAUACCCUAUCAUUUUAAGUGCCAUUUUUUUCCAUAUCAUUUUAAGUGUCAUUUAUUCCUAUCAUUUUUUAAAGUAAUGAAGAUUUGUUAAUUCUGUUCAUUUUUUGCCUUAUUUAUAAUAUUUUCAAAUUUGUUCAUAGUUUGUUUACCAAAUGUAUUAUGUUUAUCAAGUUGAUCACCCCUUCUGAACGUAGAAAAAUUUGUAGAAUAUAAUUUAUGUCUUUAAAUUUUGCCUUCAAUUUGGUCAAACACAACUUAUUCACAUUUUUUUUCUUAAACCUCUCUUACUGAAAGUGAAAGCAUGAAAAUAUCAUUUUUGAUUAAUUAAAAAAAAUUACUGUACUUACCGGCGUAUAACACGCACCUCAUUUUAAGAAGGAAAUUUCAAGGAAAAAAACUUAACAUUAUAUCGACAUACAACAUGCACACAUCAUUUGCCCCCUAUUUUCAGGGAGAAAAAGUGUGCGUUAUACGCCGAUAAAUAUGGUAAUUUGUUGUAUAUGGUUGUAAGGCAAUAAAUUUGACCACCAGGCCUCUACAUAAGAUUGUUUCUCAUAAUGCAAGAUCUGAGCAUUGAUAAUAUCUUUACAAACAAAUUAUUGUGAUCAGGUUGUUGGUUUUGGGAUGAGGGGAGAGGGAACUCAAUAUUUUUGAUGGAGCUACCGGUAUCUUGAUUGUUUAUUUACCACCUGGCUAAAUGUUUAGCAUCUGUCACUGCAUUAAGUCACCUUUCCACUUACAUAAUGCUGAUUUUUUAAACUAUACAAUCUGAUAUGCACUCAUAAUUUUUGGAGACAAGAAUCUCCCAUUUUAGUUUUCUGAACAGACUGGCCAAGCCAUAAAACUCCUGUCUUUUUUUCUUAAGUUUCCGGGUCUUUCGCUUUUCCUGCCAGCCUUCCUCUGUUGUUUUUUUUUAUUGUUGUUCCAGGUUUGAUUUUGUUGCACUAGUUAUUUAUUAACUCCAUUAUUAUAAUUGUCACGUAAAUCUGCUGCAACUUUUGUCUGGUUGCAUUUUGGUAUAUAUUUGAGUUUUUAUUUUCUAAAACAGAUUUUGCCACCCCAACUAGUUUCAUUGGGUUUAAAAGGAUCUUGUAGUUGCAAAAUGGGUAAAUUAAAAUCAUUAGAUAUUCUGUUUGUAAGAUCAACUCACACUGCCAUGUUUGAUGUGGUUAGUUGGAUAAGUGACUUGCAGUCAAAUAACUUACUUGCCUUUCAGAUAAUGCAAGAUUGGCUGUUAUAUUCUAAUAAAUUAUUAUUGAUUUUUUUUACAAUUGAUUUUUGUUGUGAAAUCAUUUUAUUUUUAAUGUUAGAUUUCUAAAAGAUGCAUUUUGUUGUACUUGUGUAUAGUUAUUUCUUUAACCUUGUGUUUUUGGGCUGUGUUAGGCUUCACUUUUCUUCACUCAGUUGAUGGGUACUGGUAUUGUAUUGCUUUGUAAAGAUGGAAAUACGUCACACGUUUUCAACUUUUUUAAUAAAGAGGAUUUGAAGAUAUAUUUUACAGUAUAAAAUUUGUUUAAACUACAUCUUCCAUUCUUUGAUUAAAAUUGUAACUA